AUGAAGUUGUUGGUAUUCUCAUUAGUUUUAUCAACUCUAGUUUGCUCAAUUUGGGCUGAUGAUCCGGUAACUUGUUCAAGUGUGUUGAAGUUAUCUAAUGGACAAGAUAAGAGUCGAUUGCACUCGCACGAAGUCAAGUAUGGAUCUGGAAGUCAACAGCAAAGUAUCACAGGCACUACGAGUUUGGAUGACAACAAUUCUCAUUGGCAAAUUUUGGGCGGUGAGUUUUUUACUUUAUUUUUUUCGAAUUUUAGGUGAUGCGCUGGGUUAUAUUAGAUAUUGUUGAAGAAAAUUAAUGGAUUUUAAGUUUUCGACUUUAUUUUUGAUGGAAUUUGGAAAAGCAAUGUUUUUUCCUUAAUUUAGUGGUAAUUAUGACUUUUAUUUAUUUAUUUAAUUUAGGGACGACAGAGCCAUGUAAACGUGGAGAACCCAUCAAGUGUGGAGAUGUGAUCAGGCUUUUGCAUUUAACAACCAAAUGCUUCUUGCAUUCACAUGAUUUUCCAUCACCAUUAUCUCGAGGAAACCAAGUAUGUGCUUUACACAAUAUUUUUUAGCAUAGAUUUACAGUUUUUUUUUAAAGAGUCUUUAAGCUUGUGAAACAGCUGAUUUGAAGCCAAUAAGUCAAUUUUUUUAUAACAAUGAAACAGCUGAACUAAACGAGACUAAUAAAUAAAGUUUGUUGAUAGCUAUAGAAGCCGGAAUGCUUUUGAUGACUCAUUAAAUUCAUUACAUCAAGUUUUUAUUACAAUACAUUUAUAUCCGUUACAGGAAGUGUCGUGUUUCGGAAAGCUAGAUGAACAAUCAGAUACAGGAGACCAUUGGCGUGUGGUCUGCAAUUCAGACGUCUGGACGGAUGAAGACCAAGUCCAACUAAAACACGUUGAUACAGGAAAAUACUUGGCCACGUCAGGCCAAACGUAUGGGCGACCAAUCAGCGGCCAAAAGGAGGUGGUUGGGCUUGGAAGUGGUAGUGGAUAUAACUCUUAUUGGCAAGCAGCCGAAGGUGUUUAUAUUCAGAAGAAACAAGAGGAAGAAGAGUAA